AUAUAUAUUUAGCUAUUCGUUUGCCCAUUUCUAAAAACACCCAAAAUGCAUAAUUUUUAAGAUGAACAACGAUUUGUUAAUUAUUUAAAAUAUUAAUAUGGUUAGUAGUGGAGUUAUGGAUGAUGGGUGUUCAGCUGAAUCUUUGGAUGUGCACAGCUCCGAAGGUCAACGUUUUAAACCUUUACUAAAAGCAAUAAAAAAUAUCAACUUCGAAGAAUUCGAAAGUGCUGUGGAUAAAUUUGGCAGUGAAGCAUUGGAUUUCAGAGACGAAUGGGGAUAUACUCCAGCACAUUGGGCAGCAUUAUAUGGAAAUUUCGAAGUACUUAAAUACCUUAUAGCUCGAGGAAUAAACGUAAAUACGUCUUGCUAUGGUAUUCAAGGUUCAAAACCCAUUCACUGGGCUUGUAGAAAAGGACACACAGCUGCUGUUCAAGUAUUACUUCAGGCAGGAAUUAAUCCUAAUGUAUCGGACUUUAAAGGUUUAACGCCACUUAUGACGACAAGCAUGUUUGGCAAAAUAUCAACAGCUAGCUUCUUGUUGGGUAUGGGAGCAAUGCAUAAUUUGACUGAUAUAAACGGAGACACUGCUUUACAUUGGGCAGCAUAUAAAGGCUAUCCAGAGCUUAUUAGAUUACUUUUGUACUCGGGAGCCGAUCUUAUUAGAGCCGAUCAUUUUGGCUCUACACCUCUCCAUUUAGCUGCUCUUUCUGGAAAUGCUAAAUGCGUAAAAAUACUUUGUGAAAAUAGUCAGAUAUUGUUACAGCCUAGAGAUAAAAAUGGUAAAACUCCUUUAGGUCUUGCAGUUAACCAUAAAUACGAAGAAAUUGUCGGAUUGCUGAAUAGUGAAAUAAACAAAAGAAAAAAAUGGAUGAAACCGAUUUACAAAGCAUUUCAUACUAUUUUUGGUAGUUCAUCAUACUCCAAGGGCCCUCAGGUAUUCUUUCUAUGUUCGUUUCUCAUUUGGUGGUAUCCAUUAUAUCUAUAUAGAGUAGUUCCUGCUACGUGGAACAUUACUAGAGGUUGUCAUUAUACUUAUUUAGCCUGGAAUAUCUUUAUGUGGGUUUGUUGGUUAAUAACGAAAAAUUCUGAUCCUGGUUAUCUUCCAAUUAAUUCUGGAAGUUAUAUUCAAAGCAUAAGAGAGUUGCCAUUCUAUCCGUGCGAUAUGGGUACAAAACAAGACAUUUUAUCAAGACUGUGUCAUACUUGUCGCUGUGUGAGGCCUUUAAGAGCAAAACAUUGCCGCUUAUGUAACCGGUGUGUUCAACAUUUCGAUCAUCAUUGUCAGUAUGUAACUAAUUGCGUUGGCAUUAGCAACAGAUCUUGGUUUUUCUGGUUCGUUAUUAGUUUGGCCAUGAAUUGUUCAUAUAUUAUUUAUCUGGUAUCCUGUACAAUAAGCGUCGAAGGAAUAUCCGUUCUUUACAUUUUAGCUCUCUUACAGUCUAUCGCCUUUGGACUACUUAAUUGGACAUUAUCUGUUACAAUUUGCGCAAACGCUUUGAUGAAUUUAACAAGAAAUGAAAUGAUCAAUUACAAAAAAUAUUCAUAUUUGAAAAAUACCAAAGGAAAGUAUUUCAACCCAUUUUCAAGAGGAGUUGUUAUUAAUGUUAUGGAAUUUUUUGGCUGUACCCGAAAUAGAUUAAAUUACGAAACUAUUAAAUAUUGCUACGAUUAAAAUAAACAUCAUUUGUUAAUUUAUUUUAUAUAGAUAAAAAAAAUUCACAUUAUAUUUAUAUAAUUAUACAUUUUUAUAUUUUUGUAUAUGCAAUCAUUCAAGUUGAUGAAGAAAAAUUUGAUUGAAUUUAAAUAUAAUGAAGCACUUGGUCAUUGCCUUACUCAAAAUAUUAUGCUUAAUGCUUGGUUGUAAGCUUAUAUUUAUAUUAUUUAAUUGAUUAACAUUGGUGAUGAUUAUGCAUUUUUGUUAUUUUUACACCAAGUAUAUUCAUAUUUUGAUGUUUUUUUUAAUUAUUAUUGGAUAUUAUUUAAAUUAAUAUGUUAUAAAUAAAUAAAAAAUCUUAUUGACAUACAUCCGUCCUACUAAUUAUCCACAAAAUAUAAUUAAAGGAAAGUCAUUAAAUGAUUGAUAAUUCAGGUGUCGUCAUAGAAAUCACACCUACUUUCUACUCUUGGAGAACCAUAAUUUAUAAUUCAUAUAAUUAUUUGCAUACAAUACAAGUGCGUUUCUUUAUUUUAUAAAUACCUGCACGGAUCUUGUUUUUGUUUAAAAAACCAAGAGAAAAUUGGCAAAAACUAAAUUUGUUUUUAUUGAAUUUUCAACUUGAUUCAUUUGGUUAUAUGAAGAAGCGAAGUAUAAAAAACUUUUAUAUAAAUAACAAAAUAAUCAUGAACUAUGAUUUGCAUAUUAAUAUUAGCAUGAUAUUAUUAUACAUUAAAAAUUAAUAUUUAAAAUCAAUUAAAAUAUACGAAAUAAAUUAUACACUAAACAUAAGAGUUAAUCCAAGUGGCACAAAAUUAAAAUUACAACUUAAUAUUAUUCAUUGCUAUAAAUUCACAAAAAAUAUUAGGUACAAAUUAUACAGAUUUAUUGAUACCACUAAACUAUUAAUGGCCACAUUAUUUAAA